AUGACAAAGUUCCAAAGAAUUUCAUCUAAAACCGUUAUUAUACAACCUGGCUCUACAGUUUUACGUAUCGGCCUCGCUUCGGAGGAAGAGCCAAAGAUUUUUCUGCAUUGUAUUGCUCGCAAAUCCAAGGACGCCCGUCCCGGUCGGAUUCCGUCGUUAAGCUCGCAUACUUUCACUCCACUUGAUAUCGAUGUGUCAAAUUGCUUCGGCUCAUUUGCCCACUCUGAUUCUCUUGUUACUGAAAAUAACUUUCACAAGAUACUUAACUCAGAUAUUGCUCACUCUGAUCAGCCCUUGGAUGAUUCGAAGCCUGCGUUUAUCCCAUUUCUCAAAGGUCUCAGAAAGUGCGUUAAUGGUGGUUAUCAAUUGCAGUGGCCGAUCGUGUCUGGUUGUUUUAAUGAAGCAUUUACACCGUCUCUUAAUUUGCAGAACUUGGAGGAUAUGUGGACUUAUGCAUUAGAGAAAUAUUUUGGCAUCUCAAGAGACGAAUUUCAUCUCUACUCAGUCAUUCUCGUAAUCGAGGACGUCUUUAUUCGUCGAGAGGUGCGGCAGAUAAUGAAUAUGCUCUUAUUGGGCCUUCGCUUCUCCCGAGUCGUAGUGCAGCAGGCAAGUGUCUGUGCUACCUACGGUGUAGGACUUCCGACCGCAUGCGUUAUCGACUUAGGCUUUCAAAAGACCACCAUUUCCUGCGUUGAUGAGGGCAUUUCCCUGCCUGAUGUCCGCGUUAAAUUGCCGAUUGGUGUUUGCAAUUGUCUGCAAACUCUACGUGCAGCAAUAUAUCGCUUUACUAGAGACAGAAUCGAACUCCCGGAGCUAAUGCAGGAAACAGACCACGGCUCAUUCGGAGACAUGAGACGCCUUUUCAAUGCAAUGUUCGACGCUGACAGCGCGAUUAUUGCACAAAUGCAGACUCAAUCGUUGGAAGUGAUAGCUUCAAAGGAGACUACAAUCAAACUUGCCACCGGACAGGAAGUAGUCCUGCCCAAUGUCACCUUCCUCACCGCGCAUUUGGCACCCUAUUUCUUCAAUGCAGAUGGUUUUCUUCCAGAGUACCAAAUACCAGGAAUCGAUGCACCUGAACCGGACGAUCCAUUCGAUGAGGUCUACAGUGUCAUGACUAUGCGAGAAAGGAGGCGAAAACUGCAGGGUGACUUUGUCCCCGGUCGGGGUGAUGAGGGCGCUUUUGAACCCAAGAGUCAGAAGGUUUCGAAGGCCUCCUCGUUCAAGGACCUGGCCGAACCAGUUUUGUGGUCCAUCCGACAGGCCGCUGUGGCCGCCGCCUCGACUUCGGCUGUCGAUUCGGAAGCACUGGGAGUUGAUAAUGUGGCUGACGCCAAGGGGGAUCAACUGCGUCAACGUCUAUUCGGCUGUAUCCUUCUUGUUGGCGGUGGGGCAACCAGUCUCGGAGGCUUUCUCCUCUCCAAGUGGCUCACUCGCGAACUGCAGAACCUCGUGGGUGAUGGCACGAGUGUGGAAGUACUAACUAGACCUCAGGGUGUCUCCGACCUUGCUUGGCAAGGAGCGAAACUUAUGCUUAACACGGACGCAAUCUCCGACCUUUGGCUUACCCCUGCCGAAUGGAAUCGCUACGGCUCUCGACUACUGCGUGAGAAAGCCCCUUUCCCUUGGUAA